AUGGAAACUAGCCUUCGCCAGAGGUCAUCCUCAGCUCUGAGGGAGCGGGUAGCAGUGAUAGGACUCGGUUCGACCGGCAUCGCUGCAUUGAAGAACCUCAGAGAAGCAGGGUUUGACGCGGUAGGCUUCGAGAAGAAUCCUUAUAUAGGCGGAUUGUGGAGAUAUACUGCGGAUCAGCAGACCUUGUCCGUAACGAAGAGCACGAGGACCAAUGUCUCAUGGCAGCGAUUCCAAUUCACCGACUUCCCCUGGCCCAAAGACCCAGGCAACUAUCCCACCGCAGCUGAAGUAUCCCGCUAUAUCGAUCAGUAUGCAGAGCACUUCCAACUGCUCCCUCACUGCCGACUCGGACUUGGCAUCCACAAACUCGAUAGGUCCAAGGACGCUGAUCUCUGGGACCUGACACUCAAGGACAAGGACGGCGACCUUAUCACGGAGCAAUUCAACCGCGUCCUAGUGACCUCAGGAGUCCAAAGCCACCCCGUCAUGCCCGAGAUCGAAGGAAUGGAGCAUUUCAAGAGCAAAAUCAUCCACUCUAUAGCCUUCAAAGAGCCCAAAGACUACGCCAAUCAACGCGUCCUUCUUGUUGGCCUGUCCAACACUGGCGGCGAUAUCGCCGCUGAGCUCAGCGACGUCUGCCCAGAAAUUUUCGUCUCUCACCGUUCUGGUCUCCUCAUCGUCAACCGCACCGAGGAGGGUAAAGCCCCGACCGACCACCGCGCCACCCGACGCGCGAAUAGAUUUGUUCUUGCCCUGAACCGCCACUUCCCCCGUUUCGCCUCGUACCUCGCCAACACUGCCCUUGAGCUCGCAAUGAAGUACCGCAUGAAAGUCCAACCAGAGUGGAAGCUCCUCCCCGCACACCCCAUCACCAACGUCGCACCCGUCAUGAACGACCACCUCGUCUCACUCCUACGCUCCGGCCGAGUCAAAUCCCUCCCGGGCGUCACCUCGUUCUCCCCCGACGGCCACACCGCCACCUUCAGCGACAACACGACGCUCAGCAACAUCGACACCGUCAUCUUCUGCACGGGCUUCGACUUCGACCACUCCUUCCUGGGCGACAGCGCCAACCCCUUUCUGCACCCGACCCCCGAAUGGGACAACCACCCCAACUCCAACAACAUGCCCUACGCGCGCCUGUACCGCGGCCUCUUCUCGCUCGACCACCCAGACUCCCUCGCCUUCAUCGGCGUCUACCGCGGCCACAGCAUCUCCGCCUUCGUCAACGGGGACCUCGCCUCCAGCGCCAUCGCGCAGAUCUGGCGGGGCCACCACGCCCUCCCUGCCCGCGCCGAAAUGGACACGUGGUGCGACGCCAACUACCGCGCCAUGCUCGCGCAGAUCCAGGUGUGGCGCACCGUGCAGGUCGGGCAGAGCGCCAAGGAGUUCGAAACAUUCCUCAACGCCGCCGCCGGCAAUGGUCUGAAUGAGAAGCUGCAUGGCUGGGGGUGGGAGGCGUGGCGGUUCAUGUUGGGGAACUGGAGGCUGUAUCGGCUGUUGAUGGAUGGGAUUGAUACGCCGUUCGUAUAUCGGUUGUUUGAGAGCCCGAGGGGGGAGAAGGGGAGGAAGAGGUGGGAGGGGGCCGAGGAGGCGAUCUGGAGGACGAAUGGGAAGAGCGUGCCGGCUAAGAAGUAUGUGUGA